GCCAUUUUGCACCAUCCCUCUUCCACACAGAAAGUAGGUUGUCGUGGGAAGACGUAAUCGUCGAAAACUACUAACUCAAAAAAAUCCUACCGCACAAUCAUUCCCUUGAGUCAGCACAUCCUACCUACUUAAUUCCCACCGUUUGAAAAGGGGCAUCGAGGGUAGACGGAGCAACGUUUCAGAAAAGCAAGACCACAGAGAGGCAUUUGACAAAGGCACUGGAUGGAUAGCAUCGACGCUGAGACCCUCUACCUGACCACAGCGCAGAACGGGCAACCUCUGUGCGAGCUUUCCCUUCCUGCUGUGGAAGUACCUGCCCUUGGCGGAACAAAGAAGAUGAAUGGGUCUCUGGACCACCCAGACCAGCCCGACAUUGAUGCUAUAAAGAUGUUUGUGGGUCAGAUCCCCCGGACGUGGUCAGAGGAUCAGCUGCGUGAGCUGUUUGAGCCCUAUGGUGCAGUCUAUGAAAUCAAUGUUCUUCAGGACAGGAGUCUGAACCCCCCACAGAGUAAAGGUUGUUGUUUUAUCACAUAUUACACCCGUAAAUCUGCAUUAGAAGCACAAAAUGCCCUUCACAACAUGAAGAUUCUUCCGGGGAUGCAUCAUCCCAUUCAAAUGAAGCCUGCAGACAGUGAGAAGAACAAUGCGAUCGAAGACAGAAAGCUGUUUAUUGGAAUGAUUUCAAAGAAAUGCAGUGAGAAUGACAUCAGGCUUAUGUUUUCACCUUACGGACAAAUUGAGGAGUGCCGCAUACUCAGAGGCCCUGACGGACUGAGUCGUGGCUGUGCCUUCAUCACAUUCACAGCUAGACAGAUGGCCCAGUCUGCAAUCAAAUCCAUGCACCAGUCACAAAAAAUGGAGGGCUGCUCUUCUCCCAUUGUAGUGAAGUUUGCAGACACGCAGAAGGAUAAAGAACAGAAAUGUAUCACUCAGCAGCUGCAGCAACAGAUGCAACAGCUCAAUGCUGCCUCCAUGUGGGGAAACCUUACAGGACUCAACUCACUGGGGCCACAGUACCUUGCACUUUAUUUGCAGCUUCUACAACAGUCUGCAUCCUCUGGAAAUGCGCUCAACAAUCUCCAUCCUAUGUCAGGUCUGAAUGCCAUGCAGAAUCUGGCUGCAUUAGCAGCAGCAGCGAGUGCUACACAGGCAACGCCCACAUGUAGCAGCGCUCUGACCACCUCCAGCUCCCCCCUCAGCGUCCUCACCAGCUCAGGUAUGCCCUCCGGACAGCACGCUCAAUCUGCCUGGGAUGCCUACAAGGCAGGCUCUUCUCCCACCUCUAGUAAUAGUUCCUCUGUGAACCCCAUGGCAUCUUUAGGUGCUCUACAGUCUCUUGCUGCGGGUGCUGGAGCAGGUCUCAACAUGAGCUCCCUAGCAAGCAUGGCUGCUCUGAAUGGUGGUCUGGGCAGUGGGGGUCUCUCUAAUGGCUCUGGCAGUACUAUGGAGGCUCUGACUCAGGCAGCCUAUUCUGGGAUCCAGCAAUAUGCCGCUGCCGCUCUGCCCAGCCUCUACAGCCAGAGUUUACUGUCCCAGCAGAACGUUAGUGCAGCCGGGAGCCAGAAGGAAGCAAGUCACAAUCAGAGCAUGGGCCCAGAGGGAGCAAAUUUGUUCAUCUACCACCUGCCACAGGAGUUUGGUGAUCAAGAUCUGCUACAAAUGUUUAUGCCUUUUGGUAAUGUUAUCUCUGCCAAGGUCUUCAUCGACAAACAGACCAACCUUAGCAAGUGUUUUGGCUUUGUAAGUUAUGAUAAUCCAGUUUCGUCCCAGGCGGCUAUUCAGUCAAUGAACGGUUUUCAGAUUGGAAUGAAGCGGCUGAAGGUGCAACUUAAACGAUCUAAAAAUGACAGCAAGCCAUACUGAUUGAUUUUACUCUCAAAUGGACUUGAUUUGUAAAUGUUUUUCUGAUACCUUCGUGCCCGUUUGUCAUCGUUUGCCUAGCAUGUCGAUGUGACGUCAAAAGUUCAUCGUCCAGUCCGUUGUCCUCUUCGCUUCUCUGACGCUUGAAAUUUCACACUUGACCUUUUUUUGUUAACUUUUGAUGCUUAUUGAUUACUUAUUUUGUUUGUUUCUUUGUGUGAUGUUCAUUUCUGUCAUUUGUGCUGCCAGUAGGGAGCGUUAGAAAGACUGCUAACAAGUGUAAAAAGUUUCAUUAAAAUGUUCUGUGCAAAGAGUCUAUUUUUCUAGUAUGUUCAAACAUAACCACUAGAUUUUUGCAGCUUUUAAUUUUCCUAGUUUUGUUUCUCAGUUUCUUUAUCAAUUUUGUAUUAUUUUAAAGCAGUCUUCCUAACGCUUCAAAUUGUACUCAUUUUAUUUAGAUUUCUUCUCGAAGCAGCCGUUCAAGUUUAUAGAAUCACUUGUGUGUGUUCAAGUGUGGGUGUGUUUCCUUUCUUUCUCUCAUGUGUUCUAAACCUUUUAGAGGAUGUUUAUCGUUGCAUUUUGCUGACAUCAAGGAUAAACUUAGUAAUUUUGUGUUAGGUUAGUUGGCAUGUUGUAAUUUUUUGGGAGUUUCUAUUAAGAGUGACAUUACAAUAGACACUUGAAUUGCCUUUUUUCCUCUUUCUUUUUGUGUGUCGAGCCAAUACAGGCACGUUUUGUAUUUCCUAUUGUGUGAAAAGCAGGAUUAGUCUGAAAUAAAAAUGCAUAGAAUGAGCAGUUGAAUUUCUUGUCACAGGUAAAUAGUAAGCAUGCAUGUUUGUUUUUUUAAGUGCACUGAAAUCCUCAGCAAAAUGUGAUUUAGUUCUGUUUCAAAAAGUCAAGAUUAAUAAAGAGGUGCCAAAAGUUUUGCAUGUUGCUGUUAUGUUUUCAGUAUGUUUCACAUCAUGCUUAACAAUAUGGUCUCAUUUUGAUGUGUUUCAGUAUGGUUUAAAGUGAGCUUUUAAAGAUGUAUUUAAGUUAUAAGAAUUGAAGUCGUUUACAAAUUAGUUCAAUCUUUGAUUAAAUAUAAAUAAUUGUGCCUAUAGCAGCAAAAAUAUUCAGAUGUAUUGUUCAGUUAAUGGGGAUUUGUUACAACCAUACAGUAGGUCUGUUACAUUUGUAUACAAGUGUUUGAAGUUGUGAACUGAUUGGUAGAACUUAACUGCAGCUUAGCUCCACCUAAAGCCUUUAGUUUGGUACCCAUCAUGUGCAUGAGUCCAUAUAUUAAAUGCUUAAUUUGGGAUUCAGUUUUUCCCCUGUCCCUUUUUUCUGGUUUAAUAUGCUAAUAGACUUCUCUAAUUGGGGUUGAUGUGGUUGAUAUUUUAAGCUGCUGUUUUGUGAGUUUAUAUGUACUCUGAGGAAAUUUCCUCUGGGAUGUUUGUCAUUAUUGGUACAGAGUGAUUGUGUUUAAUAUUAUGAUUUGUACAGAUUUUGCCUUUUCUACUUCAAAAGUUUCACAUUGUAAAUCACAGUAAAUUAGAGCAAGUAGACCACAACACCAUGACCAAACAUCAGCCUGUACAAAACCAAAAAGAAGAAAAAAAAAACUCCACAAAACAGCCUUUAACUGAAUUAAGAGAUGAUUUUUAUAGUUGUUUUUUGUCAUUUAAGUUGUGUGGUUUUCAUUGGAAGUUUAGAGAGUGCAGAAUUAAUUAGAUGUCUGAAACCGUGUGUUCUGAAUGUUUCCUGAUCAUUUAUUUCAAGUGUGUUGUAUGAGGUUGGUUAAGGAUUUCACUCUACUGUCUUUACAGAAAUAUAGCAAAGUUACCCACGAAGCAGUCUGGUAGUCAGUUUAUGUAUGAUUAA